AUGGGCAAGAACAAGAUCCGCAGCAAGGACAAGUCAAGGAAAGGCGAGACCUCUAUAAGCGAAACCAAUAGCUCAAGCACCCCUUCGACGUGGACAUCUGCUCAUGGGGCCGUCAUACCCAGAUCCACUAGCAAUACAUCUGAUCACCAGCAGCUACCAACAGAACCCCCUGAGAAAACGCUUUGUGUUCCAACCAUUACCUCCCUCAAAGACACGACUUCAUCCAGCCCUUCAUCCGGUUCAUCGCCCGCUCCUCCGAUAACGCGUGUGAGGAACUCGGAAGAGAAACGAGACUCGGUCAUCUCAAGUAUAUGGGAAGGUCCAAAGCAACCGUCCAAACCCAAAGCCACCACCAUACCCAAGCCGUUCUGGGGCUUCAUGCCCCGCAACUGGUGGCCAUGUCGCAUCAUACGCUGGAUAUACCACUUCUUCGUCGCCCUGACCCGGAUACGCUGGACCGACAGGCAAACCUCCAAGGACCUUAUGUUGACACUCGCUUUCAUCGGUAUAGUCUUCGCCGGCGGCUACGUCGCCCUGGACAUGUUGCUCAAUGCAAUACCUGGUGUCUCGGCUCAAGCCAUUGAUGGGAAUUGCAGCAUCGUCUAUGUUACUGUUCCUGGACCGAUCAUUACGGUUUCGCUUGUGGGUGCGUCGCCGACAAACCCGGCGAAGGGUACUUACUACUUUUCCGUUGUGAAUAGUACGACGGAGUGGCUUGACAGUAUUGCGCCGCCUAGUCGGUUCAGUACUUUGCCUACUAGGACGGCUGAUUUUACGCCAAUUGUCUCCUCGGUGGGGGUGUCGAGUAUGCCCUCUUCUGGUGCUGCUAUUAUGUCUUCGUCGUUGGGACCGACUACGUCUGCGCUGUUCGUAUCAGGUCCUUUGGCUUCGUCAUCUUUCAGGCAGCUCCUCCGUCGUGCCAUCGACAGGUCUCAUCACGUCACCGUCUCUUGUGUCCACCAGCGCGAGUUCCAGUUCGACACCAGAGAUACUGCCAAGUUCAACUACGUCGCCCACUCUGAGCCUUACAUCCAGCCCUGCAUCGUCGUUGAGCUCGCCGAGUCAGCCUUUGACCAGUAUGACCAUCCCAAGCACCUCCACCGGUUUUGCCACACUGUUCCCCAUUACGAACUCGUCGUCAACUCUGAGCUUCAAUGUGACCUCUACCUCUUCUACGCUGUUGACUUCGGACACCAUGACGAGCUCUUCGGUUGGCUCCAGCUCGUUGGUCGGUAG